AUGGACCUACCCUUCAACGAAUUCCGCGCUACCGUAUUCGUGGUCGGGCAUCAUGUUUUUGACUUUCUAUCAGUUUUAUUAAACACGACGCUGCUCUACUUAAUCAUAUUCCACACCUCGAAGUCGUUCAGGAGCUACUCGGUGAUAUUGGGGUGCUUGGCCAUCUCCGAAGAUGUGCUUGGGUUCACCGCUUGGUUUUCGAUGGCCAGAUGCGUCCCGGUUGGCCACACCCUAAUCUAUCAGUUUCAUGGGAUAUGCCGAAAAGUGUCGCCUCAAUUUUGCUUGGACGUCCAUGCCAUCGUUGCUCACUGCUCUGCGUAUAACUAUUUUAUUAUGCCCGUCUCGUUUUGGUAUCGUCACCACAUCCUCUACCAUGGACCUCCGAGACCUUCAAAAGUUGCUCGAAUACUAUUUUUCCUGUAUAUACCGUCGUUUUUGGCCAUGAUUUUCUUAUCCGUCUCGACAAGCGAAUCAAACCUGAUUCGGAAUAUUUUGCGGACGCAAAAGCCAAGCUCAGCCUAUCCUGACGACCCAAAUAUCGUAGCCGUCGCUGGAUUCGAGAAGUUUUAUCAAAAAUUAACACUCGGCAUGCUAAUCACCGUCUGCCUACCCAUUUUCCCGGGGUAUUGUUCCGCAAUUUACUGCCGCAAUCGGAUACUAAAAAAGCUGAAUGAUAAUACGAGAAUGAGCAGUUCUACUAUACGGGUCCAAAGAAAUUUGAUAAAGGCCCUCACUAUUCAAGCAAUACUACCAGUUUUACACAUGUCUCAAUGCAGCGUAUACGUGUGGAAACAGUUGGAAUUACCAUUUUCCGACCGUAUGCCCUAUUUUGAGGAGAUGUUCGUAUUACAGUCGGCGUUGAGCGCUAUCACUCCUUGUAUAACGAUGUAUUACGUUCGGCCGUAUCGUCGGAAAAUCAAAGAAUUCCUCGGUCUCCGAAAACCGAAGCGAUCGAUGAAUAUUCACAUGGAUACCUCAAAUAUUGAUAAGAUUUCAACGAAGAAUACGGAUGAGAUUGUU